AUGGUUGCACAUCGAUGCACCGUCGUGCACGGGCAGCUGACGGCAGUGAGUCGACUACUACUCGGAGGUGCGCGGGUCGAGCCGCGGGGUGGCACACUCGGUAGCUAGGGACAUCACACUCGCUCUUGAGCACCUGACCGGGCGCACUGGUGGGCCCUUACCAAUUAUACUACCUCUCGUUCACGACCAACACCUUUGCAAGUCUGUGUGCACACCCCAUCUCGACGACGCCACUUGCGCCAUGUCCCAAUCGUCCCAACCCGAACAGGACAACGACUGGAUGCCGUACUCUCGCCCCUCGAAGACGGAGGGGGCCACCGAGAGGAUCUUUGACGCUGCGGAAUUUCACCGCAAGAACAUCCACCUCAAGUUCCCGUCCGUCGACUGGAGCGAGGCACGACUCGUCGUCGAAGGUGACGACGAGUGCGGCAUGGAGUACCUCUGCGCUCCUCAGCUCGUGCCCGGUCUCCCUUGUCUGUCGGCGUCGAGCGCGUUGCCGAUGACGGCGGAGGAGCUUCAGGAGCAUCUCGAUCGUGAGUAA